AUGAGUCUUGACCAUGGAGCCCCACGCGAGUUCGACGACACAGACAGCCUCGAGGUCCCCCAUGUCUCCGAAAGCGGAAGCCGGAACGGAGAACCAGUGACCGACAGACCACAAACUCAAUGGAAACCCUCAUCGCGUACAGCGGAGGAAACCCUGGCAGAGGGGCUAUCAAAUGAAGAUCUGUGGAUGCUGAUUCGACGUUUUAACAAGCAAAUCUACCAUGUGAAAGCGGUACCGGAUGCACAGGCUAGGGAUAUUGAUCUAAAUCGGGCCGAUGAUGAGCAUUUUCCACCCGAGAAACUGCGAAUGACUGUUGAGAGGUUCUAUACGUCUGUCGUUGUGGGUUUGACCGAGUUCUUUCGGCAUGUUGGGAGGUUGAGGUCCUGGAAGGAACCGGUUCGGACUUCGAUAUUCUGCGGUGUCUAUUUCACAUCAUGGCUUUUCGAUCUUCUGUUACCGGCCAUUUUGAUUCUUUUGGUUGCUCUCAUAAUGUUCCCACCUAUCCGAGCAAUGCUCUUCCCAAUGGCCCCGGCGAAGACGGAUUCGGAUACUUCGAGUGUGGAUAGCUCAACAGGUGACCUACCGGAGUCCCAUGAUAGUUUGACCGGAGCUCCGGAGAACCAUAAAGGUGAAGCCGCAGAGCAGGAGGCGAGGAACCUCGUUGACAGUGUUGCGACUAUGGCGAUGGAAGGUGCCGCUGCCAAAUAUGGUCAGACUGUCGCUGAAGAUGAACCCGACGUGCCGGCUACACCACAACCUUUGUUGGCCAUUGAAAGCGCACCAGAUGGUCAGCCCGCCGAAGGUCCCGAGGAUAAGACCAAAAAGCCGAUGAGAUCGAAGGCUGCCAAGGGCACAGAUAAGGCAAUGCGUGUCAUUAGCGAUAUAACGGACAUUUAUGAGCAAUUUGCGAACAUCCUAACCAUCAUCGCCUUCGUGGCGCCAUUCGCGUCUAGUUAUUGGAUUAUCAAGGGCAUCGGUUUCACCAUUGGCCUCGGAUUCUUCGGCGACCCGAUAUUUGUUUACACAUUGGACAUGUUGAACCAGAAGGUUCCAAAGUGGCAAGACCAUCUCGACAUUCAGAAAACACUGCUGAAAGGUGUCCCAACGAACGCCCAACUUACACUGACCCUCCUCCGCAUCGGCGAGAUUAAUUCCUCUCCCCUCCCACCCCCGCCAAGCGCCGAAGACAACGAACGCGCUUGGCCAAUCCGCAAGAAAUCAAAACCGACGUCUACCUCACAAUCCAGCGACCUCGCGUCCCUAAAUUCCCCUUCCACGACAUCCCUCGGCACGCUCAACAACGAACCUCUACCACCGCCGAAACCCAAACGCCGCUGGGUCUUCAAACUUCUCAAGUUCGUCCGACGCACCAUUGCAACCGCCAUCCGCGGCCACAUAGCCAUGGACCGCGCAAUGGCCAUCGCCGGCUCAGCACACACCAAGAACCUCCUUACCAUGCUUCAAAAACGAGGUUUUGUAUCCAAACCAUUCGGGCCACUCAAAUUUGACGCGAAAUUUGAGCGGAAGCGUGGCGCGGCCGUUAUUGAUUCUUCGAAGGAGCCCCCCCGUUCUAGCAGGAAGGAGAAGUCUGUGCUCUUCCAGAUUCCUGUUACGGAUAUCAGGGAGUUGAAGAAGACGGAGGGCCUUGGUUGGAAGGGGAAGUUAAUUGUUGAGUUGACGGCUGGUAGUAAGGAAGCUGCUGACGGUUUGGUCGUUGGGGGUAAAGAUGGACAGAGUUUCCAUUUGACGGGAAUGAGGUCCAGGAAUCAGUUGUUCAAUCGGUUGGUUGCCAUCGAUGCGCAAUUUUGGGAGAGUCGGUAA